GAUCCACUGCUCUUGGUGCGAUCCGAGCUUGGGCACUAUCGUGAAGUUGCAUUGUGGAUUAUAAAGCUUAUUACAACGGUCACUUUGCGAGAUGUCGUCCAAUCCGGCAGAUGGCGUUGCCAUGCAGCCCAAGAAGGGUGUGUUCCGUCAACUUCGGGAGAAUCCGUACAUCUUUGGUCUCUCAGCUUUCGCAUCACUCGGUGGAUUCCUCUUCGGCUAUGACCAAGGCGUGGUCUCAGGUGUUCUCGGGAUGGAGAACUUCGGCGCACUCUUCCCGAAAAUCUAUCUCGACAGUGGCUUCAAGGGAUGGUUUGUGUCUACGCUGCUUCUGACAGCCUGGUUGGGCUCCUUGCUUAAUGGACCGAUUGCGGACCGAUUCGGUAGAAAGGGUUCCAUGAUGGCCGCUGUUGUGGUGUUCCUCCUGGGUUCUUCUCUGCAGGCUGGCGCGAGCACCAUCGGCAUGCUUUUCGGCGGACGAGCUGUUGCAGGCCUGGCAGUUGGUAUGCUCACCAUGAUUGUGCCCAUGUACAUGUCGGAGGUCUCUACGGCUGGCGUUCGAGGAACCCUUGUGGUGCUACAGCAGCUAAGCAUCACUCUGGGCAUUCUCAUCAGUUACUGGCUGGAAUACGGCACCCAGUACAUUGGCGGCACCCGUUGCGCCCCCGACAUUCCCUACUCAGGUGGCACUCCAGAUAAGCCGACCUUCAACCCCGAGAACGAUGUCGGCCCCGACGGCUGCACUGGACAAAGCCAAGCCGCAUGGAGAAUCCCAUUUGCCUUGCAGAUCGUUCCUGCACUGAUUCUCGGAAUUGGAAUGAUCUUUUACCCCGAGUCCCCACGAUUCCAUCUCAUGCGCAAGAACGAGGAUGCAGCCCUUCGCUCACUGGCUCGCCUCCGCCGCGUUCAUCCGGAUUCCGAUUCCCUACGAGAAGAGUACCUCUCUAUCAAAGCAGAGGUCAUGUUUGACGAAUCCCACACGCGAGAGAACUACCCCGGAAAGAGCGGCGUCAGCCUCUUCUUCGCUGAAUACUACGGCUUGCUAUCGAAUUGGCCUACGUUCAAGCGUGUGUUCAUUGGAAGCGCCAUCAUGUUUCUGCAGCAGUUCCAGGGCUGCAAUGCCCUGAUCUACUAUGCCCCGACUAUCUUUGGGCAAUUGGGUCUUUCAGGCAACACGACAUCCCUUUUGGCCACCGGUGUUUACGGGAUUGUCAACACUUUGAGCACUUUGCCCGCCCUCUUCCUCAUCGAUCGAGUCGGAAGACGACCCCUCCUCAUGUGCGGCGCGACUGGCACCUUCAUUUCGCUCAUCAUCGUUGGAUCCAUUGUUGGAAAAUACGGCUCUGCACUUAGUCAACAUGCCACAGCAGGCUGGGUCGGGAUUGCGUUCAUCUACAUCUACGACAUCAACUUCUCCUAUUCCUUCGCUCCCAUCGGCUGGGUUUAUCCCUCGGAAAUCUUCAACCUGGGCAGCAGAUCCAAGGCCAUGGCUAUCACCACCAGCUCAACCUGGAUGUGCAACUUCAUCAUUGGGCUGGUCACCCCGGAUAUGCUCGAGACUCUGAAAUGGGGCACAUACAUCUUCUUUGCGGCUUUUUGCUUGAUCGGGCUGGUGUUUACGUACUUCUGCGUGCCGGAGACCAAAGGUCGCAGUUUGGAGGACAUGGAUCGCGUCUUUGGUGAUGAGACUGCUUUGAAGGAGAAGGAGAGAUUGUUUGCCAUUGCGGCUUCAUUGGGACUCACGGCGUCGAUUCCACCGGAGAAGACGGAGGCUAUUACCACCGAGGCUGAAGAGUACGUCUGAGAGC